AUGUAUCUUCUGACCGGAACGGCCAUUGCGGCUCUUGCGACCACGUGUGUCGCCUCACCAGGCUAUCUCAAGUUGGACCUACAGAGAAGGACUCCCUCUGAAGGCAGAUUAGUGCGCAGACAAAACUCAGAUGGGAGCGUGGACACAGUCUUGACACAGAACACCAACAAACUCGAAUAUCUGGUGAAUAUCACUGUCGGCACACCUCCGCAGGAUCUGGGAGUUACUCUAGACACUGGCUCCUCGGACCUCUGGAUCCCCGCAUCCUCAGCAAAACUCUGCCAGCAGGGCCAAUGCGACUUGGGCGACUUUGAUCCAAGCUCGUCAAGCACCUACAAAGUUAUCGAGCAAGGUGGAUUCAAUAUUACAUAUGCGCAACCAGGAGACAGUGACGCAGGCGACUGGAGUUCCGACACCGUCACAGUUGGUGGAUCUCCUUCCAUUGACAACCAACAGCUCGGAGUAGCAACGCAGCUGUUCGACCAGCAUGGAGUGAUGGGGAUUGGAUUUGACACCAAUGAAGCCAACAACGACAGUCCGAAUGGCGUCUACCCGUCGGUCAUGGACAAUCUCAAGUCGACCGGAAUCAUCAACCGCAAAGCCUUCAGCUUGUACUUGAAUGACCUGGACGCAACCACAGGUGCAGUGAUCUUUGGUGGUAUCGACACAACGAAAUAUUCGGGAGAUCUUGUUGCCCUCCCGUUGCAGCCCGGGCCGGAGGGAAUCAUUUCGGAAUACUAUGUUACCCUGACCAGUGUCUCUUUCACAGAUUCGACCGGUCAAACCACCCAAUUGUCGCCUCAAGGGUAUUCGCAGGCUACGUUACUUGAUUCGGGUACUACCAACACUCUUUUAACCAACGGCAUCUUUACAGACUUGGCCCUCGGAUUUGGAGCGGUCGAAGAUCCCUCUGGAGAUGCCUAUCUGGUCCCAUGUAGCCUUGCGGAGGCCAAUGGUACCAUCAAUUACUCGUUUGGCGGUGAGGGUGGCGUAACAGUCCAAGUUCCUAUCUCGCAGGUGGUUGGAGGCCAGGGAUACACAUCCGCCAACUUCGACGAUCCGUCAGGAGGUUGUGUACUAGCUUUCGGGACUCCAGCCGAUAGUGGUGGGUUCAGUAUCAUGGGAGACAGUUUCUUGAGAAGCGCGUACGCGGUAUUCGAUAUCGACAACAAGAUUGCAGCUCUUGCCCAAGCCGCUGAAAACGAAGCCAGCACGAGUAGCAUCGUCGUUUUCCCAACAGGGACGACCAUUCCGAGUGCGACAGUAACCGCGACUGCAUCAGGCACUCAACUCACCGAGGUCGUCGCAGAAACAGGUGUUCCACUUGCCAGUGUCCAAGGCUCCACCAUGAUCAUUCCAGGUACGCCAACAUUCAGCUUGGCCGCCUCAUCAUCAACGGCAACGACAACAGGAGGGUCUUCAUCUUCAUCUGGGGCUGCAAACCAUGCGGCUGUUCCGACUGCGGCUCUGUUGGGGCUGGGACUUGCCGCAGGAAUGAUGGGACUCUGA